AUGGGAACUCGUGAUCCCAGACUUGUUCCCGUUUGACUGGUCUUUGGAGUUUGGUGGGGGGAGACUUUCCCCAACUCUUCAGCCCCAAAACAGGUCUGUGGGAGUUCAGCUUAGCCAGACCUGCCCGGGGCCCUGGCUGAACCCAGCGCUCGGCUGCCCCCAGCCCACUAAGGGUGUGUGUGUGUAUGUGUGUGUGUGUGUGUGUGUGUGUGUGCGCGCGCUGGGCCAGAGUGAUUACUCAGGGAGUGCUGGGGAGAGCCAGGGGUUCCCUUUCCCACAGCCACAACGCAUUUCUCAAAAUGGAGCCUCCACUUGCCCCUCCUUCUCUCUUGGGCUCCCGCUCUUGGAGCCCGGCUGGCUGGGCCUGGCUUUCCAGAGGCCUGGCUCUGGCUCCCUGAGUGUCUGGCUCUCAGGGCCCAGUUUUUAUAUCUCUUCUGGGUUUAGGGGCGUCUGGCUCCGUGGGAUUCAGGGGCCCAGACUCACUGGGUCAGCCUGUCUCCUUGUCUGCCUGACCCUGGGGCCUCUCUGAGUCUUUGUCUCUUGUCUUUUGGGUCCCUGUCUUUCUCUGAGUCUGUCUUUCUCCUCCCCUUACUUCUCACUUUCUCAGUGCUCACUGAAGUGGGCAAAUGCAGACAGAGGUGCCAGCCUCCAUUGCCCCCUAAGAAGCCCCUUCCCCACAGCUUUCUCCGUGCCCUGGAGUGGUGUGGGAGAGGGCAGGAGAUGGGGUGUGCCAUCUGCUUAGCCCAGGGCUGGCACUUGGUGGGUGCGCUCUGCUCUCCCCCAGGUCCCAAGCCCUAGCUCCUCCACCCUCAGUCUGGAUACCUUCCUGGUUCUCAGGGUCCUUUGACUCGAGCGGGGAGGUGGAAGGUGGGCCUAGUGGAAUACAAGCAAGAGAGAAGGGGGAUAGACCAAGGGAGUCAGAUAAUGUGUCUCUCCUUUCCCCACGCUCCAGUGAGUGACAAGAACCAGGCUCCUGCUCACCCAGUUGGCCCUGCUUGCCACCCAGGCUCCCACCCACUCUCACACAUGCUCUAUCCACAUACACACACUCCUCUGUACACACUUGUGCACACUCACUUUCCUGUUCAUAUGCUCGUGUAAGAUGCAGGGGGGGUUAACAUAUAAACUCGUGUAUCUGAAGGGACAUCUAUCCAAAGACACUCAGAGUUGCACUCAUACACCACGAAUUCACUUAUCCUAUAUGCAGUUAUUACUUGUGCGUAUUUUCUGAGGGAUCCCGAAGCACACACGUACUCUUUUAUGACAUAUUAAUCCACACACAUGAAUAAUAGGAAUGUACUGAUACAACUAUUCAAACAUACAUAUACUCACACACGCGCAUUCAUGUUUUCACACAUUUUCACAGACGCAUUUCCACGCGCCUGUGCACAGUCUCACACACACCAAUAAGUACAGACACAAACUCCUGUUCCUACGCAAUUCUCUGUCCACUUCUUGGCCCCCACUCUGCAUGAUGAUUUCAGCAGAUGCCAGAGUCCUGCUCUUCGGCCUCAGGCCUGGGGAGGGAGUUCCGGGUGGAGACUUGCUGUCCCCUUCCAGGAAGGAGCAGAGCCUGGGGAGGUGGAGCCCUCUUCCCUGGGUUCCAGGGAAGUGAGAUCUGAGAGCAGCUGCCAGAGGUGAUGGUGGGGCUUUCACCCUCAUCCCCUCGGGGCUACUCUGGAGACUGUCUAAAGCCGGAUGGUUUCACAGAACCAGAGGUUGGCCGCAGGCCUGUGUAGGCUCCUUUAGGCCAGACUGAUUGGGUGUGGUAAGGCUCGGAGUUGUCAUGGAAGCAAGCAGGAGCCUGCAUCCACCUCUAGAAGGCAGGAGACCCCAGAGGGCACCUGUGCGCUCCCUAAAAGCUCUGGGUUUCUUGUUUGGCCGGCUCCAUCCUUGCCGCCUCUCCGUCUGGGAGAAACAGGCCCAGCUGGGGGAGGCUGGGCGCUGCCUGGCCUUGGCUCUUUAUUCCCUAAUUACCAUCUGAGUUGCUGACUGUGUCCCUGAGGUUGCCUCUGCCCCAAGUGCCCUCUAAUGAGGCCACCUGUCCCAGGGGACCAGAAACCUGUGCUGGGAGCUGGUAGAGAACUCCCUCCUAAACUUGAGUCCCGAACUCUGUGAGGGAUGCAGGUUUGGGCGGGGCACUGCGUCACCAGCAGGCCUCCCUUCCCCUCAUCUUCCUUGCUUGGUAAGGUCAGCCCUUAGCACUGCUCAGACCAGAGUUGGACGGUGAUCUGGAUCCCAGGAAGACCCGAGUUUCAUGCCAGUGCUUGGAGGAGGAGCCUUUGGGGAUCAGGGCUUGUACAGAUCUCAGGAGGCUGUUUGACGUGGGACAAGGGGUCAGGAGAGGGACUCGGGGACUUGUAUAGGGAGGGGCCUCAAGGUGAAGGGACUCUGACACCACUGCCCUGCUCACAGGUUCCCCUGGAGGCCCUUGGCCAGGCCUGAGCCUCUGUCGCCAUGGCCAUUGUGCAGACUCUGCCAGUGCCACUCGAGCCCGCUCCUGAGGCCACCACUGCCCCACAAGCUCCAGCCAUGGGCAGCGUGAGCAGCCUCAUCUCAGGCCGGCCCUGCCCUGGGGGGCCAGCUCCUCCCCGCCACCAUGGCCCCCCUGGGCCCACCUUCUUCCGCCAGCAGGAUGGCCUGCUCCGGGGUGGCUAUGAGGCACAGGAGCCGCUGUGCCCAGCUGUGCCCCCUCGGAAGACCGUCCCUGGCACCAGCUUCACCUAUAUCAACGAGGACUUCCGGACAGAGUCACCCUCCAGCCCGAGCAGUGACAUUGAGGAUGCCCGAGAACAGCGGGCACGCAAUGCCCAUCUCCGCGGCCCCCCACCCAAGCUCAUCCCUGUCUCUGGAAAGCUGGAGAAGAACAUGGAGAAAAUCCUGAUCCGCCCAACAGCCUUCAAGCCGGUGCUGCCCAAACCUCGAGGGGCACCAUCCCUACCUAGCUUCCUGGGUCCUCGGGCCGCCGGACUGUCUGGGAGCCAGGGCAGCCUAACACAGCUGUUCGGGGGCCCUGCCUCAUCCUCGUCCUCCUCCUCCUCCUCGGCUGCUGACAAACCCCUGGCACUGAGUGGCUGGACCAGCGGCUGCCCAUCGGGGACACUGUCUGACUCCGGCCGAAACUCACUGUCCAGCCUGCCCACCUACAGCACCGGGGGUGCAGAGCCAGCCAGCCACUCCCCAGGCGGGCACCUGCCCUCCCACGGCCCUGCGCGGGGGGCACUGCCCGGGCCAGCCCGAGGGGCCCCUACUGGGCCCUCCCACUCGGACAGUGGCCGAUCCUCCUCCAGCAAGAGCACAGGCUCCCUGGGAGGCCGUGUGGCUGGGGGGCUCUUGGGCAGUGGUGCCCGGGCCUCGCCUGAUAGCAGCUCCUGUGGGGAGCGCUCCCCACCCCCGCCCCCACCCCCUCCACCCCCUUCGGAUGAGGCCCUGCUGCACUGUGUCCUGGAAGGAAAGCUCCACGACCGUGAGGCAGAGCUGCAGCAGCUGCGGGACAGUCUGGACGAGAGUGAGGCGUAUGAGGAGCGGCAGCAGCACUGGCCGCGGGAGCGGGAGCCGCCACGGGACGACAGCGCGGCCCAGGCCCAGCGGGCGCAGCGGGCCCACCAGCUGCUCCAGCUGCAGGUGUUCCAGCUGCAGCACGAGAAGCGGCAGCUGCAGGACGACUUCGCGCAGCUGCUGCAGGAGCGGGAGCAGCUAGAGCGGCGCUGUGCCACCUUCGAGCGGGAGCAGCGGGAGCUCGGGCCACGGCUCGAGGAGACCAAGUGGGAGGUGUGCCAGAAGUCAGGUGAGAUCUCCCUGCUGAAGCAGCAGCUGAAGGAGUCCCAGGCAGAGCUGGUGCAGAAGGGCAGCGAGCUGGUGGCCCUGCGGGUGGCGCUGCGAGAAGCCCGAGGCGCGCUCCGGGCCAGCGAGGGCCGGGCGCGGGGCCUGCAGGAGGCGGCCCGGGCUCGGGAGCUGGAGCUGGAGGCCUGUUCCCAGGAGCUGCAGCAGCACCGCCGGGAGGCCGAGCGGCUCCGAGAGAAAGCUGGCCAGUUGGACAGCGAGGCGGCCGGACUCCGGGAAGCCCCCGGGUCACCUGCCGCCGCCGACCCAUUCCUCCUGGCAGAGAGCGAUGAGGCCAAGGUGCAGCGGGCGGCCGCCGGGGUCGGGAGCAGCCUGCGCGCCCAGGUGGAGCGGCUGCGGGCAGAGCUGCAGCGGGAGCGGCGGCGGGGUGAGGAGCAGCGGGACAGCUUCGAGGGGGAGCGGCUGGCCUGGCAGGCGGAGAAGGAGCAGGUGAUCCGCUACCAGAAGCAGCUGCAGCACAACUACAUCCAGAUGUACCGGCGCAACCGGCAGCUGGAGCAGGAGCUGCGGCAGCUGAGCCUGGAGCUGGAGGCCCGGGAGCUCGCCGAGCUGGGCCUGGCCGAGCCGGCCCCCUGCAUCUGCCUGGAGGAGAUCACCGCCACCGAAAUCUAGGGCCCUUGGCAUCCCAGAUCUGCGGGGAGCUCUGCCGAAGGGGGGAGGUGGCGGGAGCCUCAGGUCCACGGAGGUCCCCAAAGUCUUGAGGGCCCCAGAACCACUUGUCCCCUGGGAUCCAGGCCUCUGGGCCUCUGCCAAGACCUUGGGGCGGCCCUGUGACUUGGAUGAGCAAGAUCAGACUCCUUGAAGGUCCCCGUUUCACGGUCAUGCAGAGGCUCCUGCUCGCCUGACCCAUUUCACCCCCCUUCUGCCGCCAUUGCCACUCUGCCAAGCGCAUUCAUCCCAGACGCCAGGGGGCUGGGAGGAGGAGGAGGGGGCGCCUUCGUUUCCACACUCUCCCCUACCCCAAAGCCAGAGAGAGCCAGACAGCGCCAGCUGCCCCAGAUGUGCCUGCCCCCACCCUGCCCGGGUUGGGGGCCAGGGCUGGAACUGGGAUGUGACCCCCAGGCUCCAGCCCUGCAGCCUCUCUCCUGGGACAAGGGGGCUGUAGUCAGACCAAAGGAAGAACUCAGCAUUGUCUUGUUUAUUUGUGUUUGUGACCAAGUGGCCCCUCCCCACACCCAGGUUUAUGGCCUCGUUUUCACUUGUAUAUUUUUCCACACUGUAAAUUUCUUGUACAAACCCAAAGAAAAAAAUUAAAAAAUCUUUUGUUUUUAAAAA